AUGAGGCUCUUUCGUGGUCUCCUUGCCUUUGUCUUGGCAUCCUCUCCUUUGGUAUUGGCCCAGAGCUCUGACAAUUCUGCUAUCCUGGCCACGUUACCAAAGUGUGCUCUAAAAUGCAUGGCAGUCUCUGUCUCUAAUUCAACAUGUGAUCUUCUCGACACACAAUGCACAUGUAGAAACAAAACACUUCAAGCCGAGAUAGAAAAAUGUGUCUUGGCGGAUUGCACAGUCAGGGAAUCAUUAAGUACUAAAAAUGCUUCCAUGACACUAUGCGGUGCACCUAUCCGAAAUCGUCAACAAGAAAUCCUCGCCGUAAACGAUGUAAUGGGCGCCACCUCGGGUAUCUUUGUCUUGCAACGAUUCGCAACGAAACUAGUAUACAAGCUCCCUUGGGGCCUUGACGAUCUUUUUAUUGGAUUGUCUAUGCUUAUGGCCAUCCCCUGCAUGGUAAUCAACUCGCGUGGUUUAACACCAAACGGCAUGGGCCGCGACAUCUGGACAGUCACCCCCGACCAAGUUACAAGCUUCGGUCAAAACUUUUACAUGAUGGCCAUGUUCUAUUUUACCCUGCAAACCUUCCUUAAGCUAGCCAUGGUUUUCUUCUACCUCCGCAUCUUCCCAACACGAGGUGUCAGGAAGACGUUGUGGGCUACUGUCGUAUUCAAUUGCGUAUUUGGUGUGUCAUUCAUCCUGAUAGCUGCCUUCCAAUGUCAGCCCAUUAGUUACUUCUGGACAAAAUGGGAACACAAAACUGAAGAUACUGGAACAUGCCUUGACAUCAAUGCUAUCACAUGGUCCAGUGGAGCUAUCAAUAUCGCCCUAGAUGUCUGGAUUUUGAGCAUUCCACUCUCACAGCUGAAGAAGAUGAAUUUGGAUUGGAAGAAAAAGAUUGGUGUCGGAAUCAUGUUCAGCGUUGGUAUCUUUGUCACCAUCGUUAGUAUCCUCCGUCUCAGCGCCACCAUCAAAAUGCGUGCAGGAGUAGGUGCGAACAAUGCAACAUGGGAGUACACCGAGUUCGACCAGUGGUCCACCAUCGAGGUUAACGUCGGGAUUAUCUGCGCUUGCAUGCCGAGUCUCCGAGUUCUUCUCGUCCGCCUCUUCCCCAAGGUACUUGGCAACUCAACACAGCAACAGUACUACAAGUACGGCAGCAACAACUAUGGAGGCCCAAGCAAGCCCGGAACGAGCAAUCGAAGCUGCUCUCGAUCUCAGCCACUGGGUACAACAUCACAGGUUGAUAAGACGGCCAUGCGUUCACACGUCGAUCCUAUUGGUAUCACAUGCGACCGAACUUAUGAGGUGGAAUAUGGUCAUAAAGACAAUGACGAGACGGAGUUAUUCCAUAUGAAGGACAUGAGAAUAGACCAAACGGGUACAAGGUUCUAA